ACUGUUUGUAUUUUCUUCAUGUUUGUCUUAUCGUUUAACAAACAUGGCUCACACUGUUGUGAUCUGAUUCUCUAUACAGUAUGCUGUCUGGUUCACUCUGUAGUUCCCAAAAUAAAGGUGAUUAUUAAACAGCUUGAAAUAGCCAAAAAAGAAAUACUCUGACUGCCACUGGUAAUUUGAAAAAGAGGCAGAAGAAGUGAUGUGACUCAUGUCUGUAGCGUAGACACAUCUUGGGUGAUUUUUACAUGCAGGCAGUUCCUGGUUGUGAGCUGAUCACAUCAAGAAACAAAGGGAGAUAAUUUCAGGGAGAGCAUAAUAUCAUCAUUUCCUUUUUUUCAUCAUCAUUUCAUUUGAUUGUAAUGUUUCAAUUGAUCUUAUGUCAUCUUUUGUCAUGUUUUAUAAAGAGGCAAAGUAAUGGGGAAAAUAUGGACAGGGAGCUUUUGGAGAAAAUAAAAUUACACCAUGGAUUCAGUUCUGCUACUUCAGUUACUCCACCUUCACCUACCUCAUGUCCACCUCCCUCAUCGUUGUCUGCUCCACCUUCGCGUACCUCACCUUCUUCCAUACCACCACUUUCUAAAGCUCCACAUGCACCACUGUCAGCUCCACCUACACCUUCCUCUUCAUUGUCUGCUCCACCAUCACGUACCUCAUCUAAAGCUCCACGUGCACAACUGUCAGCUCCACCUUCACCUGCCUCAUGGUUGUCUGGUCCACCUUCAUUUACAUCACCUAAAGCUCCAAGUGCAACACUGUCAGCUCCACCUUCACCUGCCUCAUCGUCGUCUACAUCACUUACCUCACCUAAAGCUCCACGUGCAACACUGUCAGCUCCACCUUCACCUGCCUCAUGGUUGUCUGCUCCACCUUCACGUGCCUCAUCGUUGUCUGCUCCACUUUCAAAUACCUCAGUUAAAGCUCAACAUGCACCACUGUCAGCUCCACCUUCACCUGCUUCAUCGUUGUCUGCUCCACCUUCAAAUACCUCACCUAAAUCUACACGUGCACCAAUGUCAGCUCCAUCUUCACCUGCCUCAUCGUCAUCUACAUCAUCGUCACCUACAUCACUUAUCUCACCUUCUUCUGACAUAAUAGCAGAAUUAAAGGCAGAAAAUGAAGCCCUCAAAAUGGAGUUAGACAACUUGAAAACAAGUGUUAUUAGUCAAAUGCCAAAACUUCUCAGCACAAUGUGCAAGUUGGAAAAAUGGCUUGAAGUGAAGGAGCAGAGCCCAUUCCAACAACUGGCAUCACCUUCUACCAUACAGGAAUCUCUUGAAAUUUACCCAGACUCAGGAGUCUGUGUGCCGAAAAAUGUGUUGUGGUCAGCUAACCAUGCAAACACCCCAACGACCAUGGCACGGAUGCUUCUAAUUGGAGUGUUUGAUAUAGAUACACUUCUAAAAAGCAAUCUCAGAGGUGGCACUUCCAAAAAAGGCAGCGCUGGGGAAACAAAGGAGGCACUGGACAGAAUUAAAAUUGAUGCAAUAAUGAAUGCAGUAAUCCAGAAAUUUCCUGGAACCACCAGAGGCCAAAUCGGGGUGGCUAUUAAUCAAAAGGUCACUGAGCUGCGGGCAUCCAAAAAGACGCUAGAAACAUAAAAAAUUAAAAAGAUUUUAGCAUUACCCGCUAGCAAAAGGAUCCCCUUGUGAUGGGUUUAAUUUAGUUGUUUUAACUGUUUUAAAAAGAAAUUAUAGCUUAAAGUAGGCUUGUUUCUUGUUUUGUUGUUUUAACAGUUUUAAAGAGUUUUUUUUAUAGCUAAACGUUUGUUUGUUUCAAUUUUUGUUGUAACUC